GAAGACACGGUGGAAAAAGGUAAAAAUUAGUUUUCGGAAUUGCUCAGUUACAAAAUCCUCACCAACUCAUAAUAACUGAAUGGAGGUUUGGUUUAAUGGUUGUUGAUUUGGAACUCCAUUAAUUAAUGUCAACCUUAAAUGAAGAAGCCAAAUGCUAGCCAAAUGCCAAUGACGGUCAACGUGCUGUUCAACGAGUGCUGUUAUGGCGCGGAAGUGUAUGGGACGUAAUAAAGCAUCUAUGGUGGACGUUGUCUAUUUGCAGACAGUCAGUUAUACAAAAGUCUUGUGCCCAACUACAAAAGUCUCUCGAGCUUACGCCCUCUUAACGUGCAAACCAAUAUUGGCUAGCAGUUUCAUCGUAGACACAUGGAGGAAAAGGUAGAAACGCAAGCGCAGCCACGUCAGAUGGCCCAAAGGUGCCCAAGGGUCUAGGGGGUCGAAGGUUAACUAACCUUAAACUCAAAUCAGCCUAUUGAUUGUUUACUUCCUUCAUGAGAAAUCGUCUCAAAUCAUUACAGGUCUUGAUCUCAACCUUGCUGUUACAUUUUGGACUCUAAGGACUUUGGAUUUGUCGUUUUCAUCGGUACUCUUUCUAACUAAAUAGUGUCAGUAGACCAAUUUUCAGCAAAAUGCCGGACACGAUAGAGGAAGACAUGGGGCUUUCUGUCAGAUUGACCAACGAUGAUUUCCGUCGUCUCUUGAUGACUCCGAGAGCUUCGGUUCCAUCGUCGACCCCAGCGUCUGUCCCUGGAACAAUGAGGGACACUGCAGCAAAAACUGCACAGACCCCAGUGAUAGCUGGUGGUAGCCGUGCUGAACUGCGUAGAAAGAAGAAGAGCUUUUAUGCAAAACUAAAAAAACAAGAAGAGGACAAAAUGGCAGAACUGGCAGAGAAGUACAGAGACAGAGCAAGGGAGAGGAGAGAUGGUACUAAUGCGGAUUAUCAGUCCGAGGAUCCUAUGAACACUGCCAGUGCAUACAGAGCUGUUGCACCAGAUGUGAAAUCUGGGAUGGAUGCAGCCGAGAGAAGACGUCAGAUGAUACAGCAGUCAAAAUUCUUGGGAGGAGACAUGGAGCACACUCAUUUGGUGAAAGGUUUAGAUUACGCUCUUUUACAAAAGGUACGCAGUGAGAUUGAGUCCAAGGAACAGGAGCAAGAAAUCGAGAUGGAAAAGCUGGUUAAGCCAAAGAAAGAAAAAGAAAAAGACAAAAAAGAGGUUGAAAAAAAAGAGGAGGAGAUGCAAUUCAAAACAAAAAUUGGACGCAAUAUACACAAGACAUUGACUACCAUGCGAUCGAAGCAUGUCGAACGAAAUGAAUUGUAUUGUCCUGGCAGAAUGGCAUAUAUUAUUGAGCUCGAUGAUGAAAACGCAGAUGCAGAUAUACCUACGACAUUGAUCAGAAGUAAAGCAGAUGUUCCGACAAUUGACACGACACCAACACUAACGACUAAUGAUAUUGUUAUCAACAAAUUAGCUCAGAUUUUAUCGUAUCUUCGACAAGGUAGUCGCCACAAUAAGAAAGGUAAAAAGAAUAAGGAAGGACGGUCAAGACUUGAGGAACUCAGUGAAAUGGAAGUUCCCGUAAGACCACAAGAUGACAGCAUCUAUGGAGAUAUUGGCGACUAUGUUCCAUCAACAAGUAAGAGUAAAGACGCCCCGCAUUCUAAGGACAAAAAGAAGGGAUCAUAUUUCGAAAAACCAUCAGAAACCUUCAUCGAUGACAAAGCAAAUGCUCCACAAUUGCCGCCUGUACUUGCUCAGAGUAUUGAAAAUGCCCCCAAAAAAGGAAUGCUAUUGAAUAAACUUGCCGCCGAACCUGAGGGGUAUGCCGAAUGCUAUCCUGGACUUGAUGAAAUGCAGGAUGCAAUUGAUGACUCUGACGAUGAAGUGGACUAUACAAAGAUGGACCUGGGCAACAAAAAAGGACCCAUUGGUAGAUGGGACUUUGACACUCCAGAAGAAUACAGUGAAUACAUGAACAAUAAGGAAGCUUUACCUAAAGCUGCCUUCCAGUAUGGUGUCAAAAUGGCUGAUGGGAGGAGAACCAGAAAGUACAAUAAGGAGAAAAAUGAGAAGGCAGAAUUAGACAGAGAAUGGCAAAAAAUCCAAAAUAUUAUGAAUAAAAGAAAACCAACUGGGGGUUCAGAUACAGCACCGGAAUUCAAAGUACCACGAUACUAAAAUGAUAAUCGCUCAGUGUGUGUUAUAAUUCAGUCUGCCAGGUCGAGUGUGAAUAUUCUCAAGCUGUGUCUAUUUUGAUGACUGAUCAGAAUAGUCAAAAAAGUGUUAUAUCAAAAUGCAAAUUUUGCAUCGUGAAUGGCAGUAUAAUUGGAACAUUUAUCAGACAUUCUAAUGAGAUGAAGAAACAAAUCCAUGGAAUACACUGCUUCCUAAAAAGUUGUACUUUGGCUCAAUAAUUCAGGCAUUCACAAUUCUGAAUCAUAUUCAAUUAUGCCACCAAACUAGGUGCAAGAAAACUAAUGCAACAGCUGAAAACUUGGGAAUAACACUUGUUAUCCAAUAACGAGCAAUCCUUUUCUUGUUCACAGCCACAUAGGUAUUCGUGCAUCUAGGUAUAAUUACAAAUUUUUUUUUGUGUAAUUGUAUAUAGCUGACAUAUGCACCGAAAUGUUCAAACUGAAUCCUAUUGGAGCCAUAGUUUUUGCAUCGAGUUAUUGUAUGUUUGCGCACGAUUCUCAAAUUCAUUCUGGUGAGAAAUAGUUUUUAUCAGAAAAAAGUAAGUUUCUGUAUUGUUCAAUUAGUUUGUUCUAUAAUUCCCUCAACUUGGCGAUCACAGGUACCAAUAGACUUUUCCUAUUGUGAAACCAGGUGAAACGACAAGUUAUGCAAAAGAUUUCUGAAAUUAUUUAUUCAAUAAUAACAUAAAAUUAUUAGAAUGGAGAAAUAAUUUUUCAUGUGGCAGAAUUAUUUAUUGAAAAACCAUAUCGCAUCUUCAAAUACAACUAUUUUUAAUUAAUAUUUGGUGAGGCAAAUAUAGUAAUUUGAAGUUACUUUACAUUAUCAUGUUAAUUUGAGAAUAACAGUAUCAAUCAAAAUUUAAGUGAUUCAUAAGACAACAAUAAAUUUUCAGCCGAGUAUCAUGCUGGCUAAGAUCUGUGCAUUGAAAAUAAAAUUGUCAUUCCUGCAAAAAA